CUCCCCCACGUGUUUCCUUCUUCUCUAUAAAUAUCUCUCUUUCUCUCUCACAAAAUUCCCCAAUUCCCACCCGCCGCUCAUCGGAGGAGAUCAAGAUUAGCCUUUUCCACCGCCACCGUAUAUCAACAAACACAGAAAGAGAUAUAGGCUUCGAGGCCAAGUGUAAAAAGAACAGCAGCAAAGCGCUAGCAAAUGACCGUAGCUGGGCUCGAGUUACCUCCAGGCUUCAGAUUUCACCCUACUGAUGAGGAGCUAGUCCUUCACUACCUCUGCAGAAAGUGCUCCUCUCAACCCAUCGCCGUUCCCAUUAUCAAGGAGAUUGAUCUUUACAAAUACGACCCCUGGCACCUCCCUGAAUUGGCCGUCUGUGGUGAAAAGGAGUGGUAUUUCUUCUCCCCUAGGGACCGUAAAUACCCUAACGGCUCCCGCCCCAACCGCGCCGCUGGAACAGGCUACUGGAAGGCCACCGGUGCUGACAAACCCAUCGGCCGCCCCAAAACUCUUGGUAUCAAGAAGGCACUCGUCUUCUACGCCGGAAAGGCCCCCAGGGGCGUCAAGACCAAUUGGAUUAUGCACGAGUAUCGCCUCGCUAACGUCGAUAGAUCUGCUGCCAACAAAACCAACAACUUGAGAUUGGACGACUGGGUGCUAUGUCGUAUCUACAACAAGAAGGGUUGCAUAGAAAAGCAUUACCAAUCCACCGACGACAAGGCAGCCGAAUUCCCUGAUUUCGAGGAUGAGAAACCCAAUAUUACCACCAACAUGGUACAACUCCCUCUCCACAACCAGUUGCAAAUGGAGACCUCCGACUCCGUCCCCAGAAUGCAGACCGAAUCCUCCAGUGGCUCGGAUCUCGUGACGUCGCCGGAGCUCACCUGGGAUAAGGAGGUCCAAAGUCAAUCCAAAUGGGAAGGAGAAGGAGGAGGAGAAAGAGCAGCAGUAGCUGAUUUCGACUUCUUUGAGUUCAAUUACAUGGAUUCUUUCUCCAUGCCAGAGGACGUUCCAUUUGGAAGCCAGGUUCAGUUCCAGAUGGACCAUUUGUCGCCAUUGCAGGACAUGUUUUCAUAUCUACAGAGGCAGAUUUAACCGCCGCUGCAGAAGCAACAGCGGUAAAGGCAUAGACUAAGGGGAUGCAUUCAACCCCGUCGCCAGGCUUCAUCUCUCUACCAUAUAUAUAAACAUAUUAUUCAUAUUUUUACACAACGGUUAGCAAAUUCUUUGAUAAGCCGAAACCAAUAUGGCCAGAAAGUAUUGUUUGUGUGGGUCUCUCCUCUUCUCUUCCUUUGUUGUAAUGAAGAAUGUAGUUGAUUAGAAGAAAAUUGAGCUA